GGUGAACUAGGCUUACCUGUGGGCCUCUUUAAGCCUAGUCCCCCCCUUCCCCAGGCAUGCUUUGGACAUUACAUCCUACUGAGAGUAGAAGACAGAUAGCUAUCCCACAUUAGGGAAGACCAAACCUGGAAUUUGGACCUGUUGGUUCUUUUGCUGAACUCAAAUGUGGGGUGUCACCAUGAUUCUCAGAACCUCUCAAGCGGCUGCACUGCUGCUGCUGUCUUCACAUCUCCUGCAUGCAUCUGCACUACCUGCAGCAUCUUCCUAUGAGUUCAAGGCCUACAGGAUGCAACAGUACAACUUACAUCAGGACAAAUACGGUUGCCGUGGAGCUAUUGUGGUGGCAGAGGCCCGAUCCGCUGUGGACACAAGUCUGACUCGCCGCUGUGUGAUCAUGAAGCUGCCUGAUUUCACCACAGAGCGCUACAUGGAGGCCAAAAGACAGAAUGCAGCAGCUUUGUUAAUCCUGCUUCCCCAAAACAUUUCUGCUGUACCAGAGGAUAUAGUGCAGGGCUUCAUGGUAGCUGAAUCUCAGAUCUUACAUAAGGAAACUCUUAUGCCUGUGUAUGUGGUCCCAGAGGAUGACCAGCUGCUCUACAUGUAUGAGGAGGUCAAUAAGGCUGCAGCCACCAAGUCUGCCUCUGCAUUAGUGAGAGUUCUCCGUAGUAUAGUAACUGCAACAGCGUUCCAAAUAUUAGUGAGCAACAACUCCCCCAUCAAGCCAGUUACUGAUACCACCAUCAUUACUUUAGAGGGAGUACUUCUUGGAGCUGGAGAAGACCAACCCACUAUUGUAAUUACGGCCCAUUACGACACAUUUGGUCUUGCGCCGUGGCUGGCGUAUGGUGCAGACUCAAAUGGCAGUGGCGUCACCAUUCUUCUCGAGCUGGUUCGAAUUUUUCAGCGGCUCUAUGGCGAUCCACGAAGCAGAGCUCCAUACAACCUGCUAUUCUCCCUAACUGGUGGUGGUAAAUAUAACUUCCUUGGCACCAAACAUUGGUUGGGGGAAAAUAUGGACCAUGCAGAAUCCAGUCUCUUGCAUGACAGUGUGGCAUUCGUUCUAUGUUUGGACUCUCUUGGCACUGGAGAUGAGCUUUAUCUGCAUGUUUCACGACCACCUAAGCCUGGAACCUCUCAGUAUGAUUUCAUUCUGCAGUUGGAGCAGAUCAUCUCCGCCAGGUUCCCUUGGGUGAGAUUUGGAGCUGUCCAUAAGAAGAUCAACCUGCAGGAAACCACAGUGGCUUGGGAACAUGAGCGCUAUGGAAUGAAAAGGAUUCCAGGAUUCACUCUGUCGCACAUUGAGAACCCCAAAUCAGAGCUGCGAGGGUCGAUCCUGGACACCAUGGCACAGGUGGAUAUCAGGAAACUCAAGAGGAAUGCUGUUAUUGUUGCUGAGUCCUUGGCAAGAUUCAUGUACAAUCUUUCAGACAAGGGCUCUCCUAAGGACAUUCAGGUGUUCAAGGGCAGCUUGGAUAUUCAAGACAGUCGUCUGUCUGCGUUAAUGGCAAUGAUGACGUCUGUUCCCCGAGCCAUUCAGCUACUGGACAGAGAACCAGAACACAUGCUCCUGCUCAACAGCCUGGAACAGGAGUUCAAACACUAUCUAAAGCAAGUCCAUAGACAUACAUUCCACCAGGACCGAAGGGAUCCUGAAAUCACAUUCUUUGAUCAAAUGAGUCAACCAAUGAUGAUGUACAGGGUGAAGCCUGCUGCCUUUGACCUAUUUUUGGGUGGCUGUAUAGCUGGAUACCUUGGUGUAGUCUACUAUGCAAUCCAGAACUUUGGGAACGUCUAUACAAAAUUUAAAGCAACCAUGAAAGCCAAGCACCAGUAAACUGGAAUAAACUAGAGCCAAUACAAAGAUGAAUGUCAGGCCUUCAGAAGAAUAAAAACAUGUUUGCUUUUGGAAUUUAAAGAGGCUUCCUUGUAUAUUUUAUCAUUCCUUUGCAGUUUCUCCUGUUUUUCUAUUUUGAUAUCUUUUUUAAAUUAAA